AUGUAUCGUGCCGUGCUUCGACUCUGUAGGAAACGGGUAUUGACAAAAGCAAUCCAGGACUGGCAUCAAGAAUGCCGUGUGCUUGGGCUGUUCGUUGAAUCCAGUUCAAAAAGGCUUGCAAGCAACGCAGCAGCAGCAGCAACAGCAGCAUCGCCAUCAAAUAGCAGCUAUGAGAGUUUGGUCGAAAGACGGCUAUUUCUGAAGACAGCGUAUGCAAGGUCAGCAGAUGCGAAGGUCGUCGCUUUGACGACAAUUGACGGUGGCAAAAAUGUCGAAAUCAAAUGGGAGGACGGUAGUGUAUCUAGAUAUCACAGCAUGUGGCUGCGUCAAGCAUGUCACUGUCCCUCCUGCCGUCUGUCCACCAACCAGCCUAUUGUGAACUUCAAGGAUGUCAAUGUGGACGCCACCGUGUCCGAUGCCCAACUGGACGGUGACAAGGUCCUUAAGGUAAUCUGGAGUGAUGACAAGGACCACACAGGAAUAUUCCCCGUACCUUUUCUCAAGCACUACAGCUACAGUGACAAGUCCUUGGCAGAAAUAAAAAAACAACGAAAAAUGGUUUUCAACACUGAGGCUCGGAUUCCAGAGGUGGCCUACAGUGACGUUAUGGGCAGCGAUGCUGGCCUAUUCACAUGGCUGGACAAGCUCGAUAAGUAUGGAAUAUGUCUGAUGAAAAACGUACCGACUCAAGACAUGACAGUUAAGAAGGUGGUAGAGAAAAUUGCUCCAAUCCAAUCAACUGUGUACGGGAAGCUAUUUGAAGUGAGGGACACACCACAACCUAUCAAUUUCGCCUACUCGACGGUGAGACUGGAGCUACACAUGGACCAGCCAAUGUACGAGUCUCCACCAGGACUGCAGUUCCUACACUGUAUGAGAUUCGACAAAGAAGUGACGGGAGGAAGCAACUUCUUCGUGGACGUGUUCCACGUGGCUAACGUGCUCAGACAGGAAUACCCAAAGGAGUUCCAGGACCUCACACGGAUACCUGUCAACUGGGAAACUGUCCACUAUGAUAGAGACGUUCCUGUUCACAUGUCGUACCAAAGACCACACAUUAGCCUCAACAGUGACGGAGAGAUUGUUGGCGUUUCAUGGCACCCAGGUCUGGUUGGGCCACUCCUAACAAACGAGGAGGACGUGGAACCAUAUUACAGAGCUUACAAAGUUAUGGCAACUUUGGUGAACACUUUCCCGUUAAAGUACCACCUCCGUAUGCAUGAAGGGGACAUGAUCUCAUUUAACAACAGACGUGUCCUCCACGGCCGGGAGGGUUUCAAUACCAAUGAAGGCAUCAGACUGUUACAGGGAUGUAACCUCCAGAUUGACGAGUUCAAGAGCCAAGUGCAGGUGUUCUCGAACAGGUUUGGUGAUGGCAAGCUGGCAACUAGAGCGGGCAACCUGGACUUGCAGUAGUUCAUAUCAAGUUACCAAACCCAAUAUAAGGUGCUUGAAACGUGAUGACCGACCCACAUGUACGAUACCCAUAAGGGUUGAGUUACAUAUGGUGAUCUGACAUAUUCCAUGACCCACAUCUGGCAUAUGUAUUAAUUCAGUUUCCAGAUCAUUUACGGUACAUCAACCAAUAAAGGAAAAGCGAUAUGUAAAUACUAGUAUGUGCCAGACCGUGG